AAUGAAGGGGCAGGUGAAACUUUAAACUCGCAAGAGACUAAACCGAUCUGCAAGUACUUCAAGGAGGGAAGAUGUUGGUAUGGAGAAGGGUGUAGAUAUCGCCACGAACAGGGGGAAGAGGAGGAGGACGGAGAGGCGCCAAUCCUUGUUUCGUUUCCGGAGCACGACAGACCCGUGGAUCCUGAAGACAAACUGACCCGCAUGUUUGAUGGCGCGCUCGUUGAAUUCGACGCAGGAGCCCGUGUGACCAAAGUCCGCUUUCAAUCCGACUUUUCGGCUGUCCGAAUCAGGGGGUUUCCGAAAAGCACCACCCAGCAGUUGGUUCGCGACAUGCUUGAGGAAGUCGGAUUCGGAGACUGCGUGGAAGAAAUCCACAUGACGGACGUGGGACACAACUGCGAAGCCACGGUGGUAGCGGACAGUCCUUCUUUUGCGAAGCAGCUCUGCGAGCGCAUUGUGCCUAGCUUUACAUGGAGAGGUAUGUCGAUAAAGGCAUGGUCCAUUGCUGCGCUCGUGCCUCGGGCAUUCAAAAAUCGACAAGUAGACUGCAGAAAAGUCACCGUUUCUUGGCCCAAGCCAGACAGGGAGGUCAUUUUGAGCUUUGGUAAUCUUACAAUCGCCGAAAGAGUAAUCAAAAUGUUCAACGAGGGGCGUUGUAGAGUCUUGGGUCAAAGGGUCGCCGCAGCAAUGGCCCCUGCACCUGGUCCUGACGAAGCACCACCGCCAGCACGACUUGCCUUCAAGGUCAUGUUGACUGAGCUUCCACUUGGCGCAAGAGAGGUAGAUUUCAAGCGAGCUGUGGAAAAUGGGCCAAGACCUCGCCAAAUAGUAACGAGACAGCAUACGGCUUCUGCUGGAGAAAUGUUCUCGGCAGUACACUCGCUCUUGACAGCUAUUGGGCGUCUCGAGUCAUUUGAUACCAUAGACGACCCGACUGACAAUAAGCUGAAAGCAGUCGCAUGCUUCCUAGGCCAAUCGGACGCCUUGAGGGCUGUAAAGGAACUCGACAACGUAGCUCCCUCUUUUCAUCCUAGGGGAAGGCUGAGCGUACGCGCCGCCUAUACGGUCAGGUUUGCAGUCGACAAGCGAAUCUACGAUGUCUUGUGGAGGAAGUUGGUAACCGUUACUUCGAAGCAGAGCAUUCUCAGGUUUGGAUGCCACAGCGCAGACUCAGCGAUCAAGGUCUUCCACAUCGAAGGCGAAUCGGCAUCGGACGUUGCCGAAACCAAGAACAAGGUUGAGUCGAUUUUGGCCGGUGUUGUUGUAGAGGAGGACGGCGUUGCCCUCUGGCAUCCUUCGCUCCAAGCCGAUGGUUUGCUUUACGAAACGAUGACAGACCUAGAGGGGCAACUUGGAGUCGUCAUCGCUCGGGAUCAGGUCAGAUGUAAUCUGUGUGUGUUCGGAAGCGACCAGGCCUGCCAUGAGGCAAAGGGAAAGCUGGUCGAAUUGGUCCGCAAGGAGUCAGGCACGGAUAUUUCUCGCUCCAUCGCUCUCAAGGAUCGCAGGUGUUACUGGGGGACUAAAAAGGGCUUUCAAGAGCUCGUCAACGCGGUUGGCCCUGGCAAAAUGUGGCUCAACUUGGCCUUCCCGUCCAAAGUGAUUGAGAUGAAGGGUACAAUCCAAGAAUACGAUCUAACACGGGCCAUUAUAGCUGGAAAGUCCCAUGUCUCGACGACUCUGCAGCAUCCGGAGAUGAAAAAGAGCGUUUCAUUUGCUAUUUUCCAAGCAAAGACCAUGUCCAUGUUACCCAUCACGUGUUACAGCUUCAAAAGAGCCAUGUUGAUUGCUCAACUGCGCAAGCAUCUUUCCUCAAAGAUGCUCGAACAGGUACUCAAAGAACGCUUCUUGGAUCACGUUAAGCAUAACGUCGGCCAGUUUCGCCCCUGUCCCACACUAGACUGCAGUUACAUCUAUAGGAUCACAGGCACCGAAUGUCCGGAGUGGCAUAUCUGCUCCAACUGUCUCAAGACCACCUGCUCUGUCUGCCAUGAACAGCAUCUGGAAAUGGAGAAGGUUUAA